AGUCGUAUGAUAUUAGGGUUUUGCUCUUGUUAAACCUCACUGAUUUCAACCAAUUCGGCCCCUCUCUCAUCGUCUUCGUAUCCUCGCUGUCUUCAUUCCCAGGGUUUCGCCAUGAGCAGAUCAGGUCAACCUCCAGAUCUUAAAAAGUACAUGGACAAGCAACUACAAAUCAAGCUGAAUGCAAAUCGGACAGUGGUUGGGACACUUCGUGGUUUUGAUCAGUUCAUGAACCUGGUGAUUGACAACACGGUUGAAGUGAAUGGUGAAGAGAAAAACGAAAUAGGCAUGGUGGUUAUAAGAGGGAAUAGUGUGGUAACUGUUGAAGCAUUGGAGCCAGUCAGCAGAGGACAGUAAUUGGUAUUUUGUAUAAUCAUGCCUUAUUUACUUUUUCAUGAAAAUAGAUGCUGCAGUAUCAACUGAUAUGAUACUUGAAGAGUAUGAUCAGCUAUAAUGCUGACUAAUCUUUUAUAUGUAUUAUGACUUCCAUACUUUUCUGAAUUUGAAUCCUUGUUCAAUGUCAAUUUUCUGAUUUUCUGGUUGCAAA